UGUUAUGUUUGUUUUUGUCAGCCGUGUGCUAAAAAAGAAAUGUUUUCGUUGCCUCCCUUCAUGUUGAGUUGAUGCGCGCCACGGUAUGACAUCCGAACUGGCUAACCAAUUAUAGGCCUUCCUUGCCGUUCUUCACCACAAGACGGUAUGAUAUUGAGUCACGCCUAGAGUAGCCAUGCUACGGCUGUACACCUGUCAGCAUUCAAGAAAUCAAUCAGAACUUGAUCUGGAUUUUUAGAAGUUGCACUGCUAACUGCUCUAACUGGUUCCGCGCCUUAGUAGGUAAUUAGGUUUCCAAAAAUCUGUUAACUUGGAUUUAGCAGUAUUUAGUGCGUCUCCAAACUGGGAAUUGGCAAUUUGAAGGACCUUCCGAAAUGUUCGUGAAGCGAGCGAGCUGUAUUACGUUUUUUUCUGUCUUCGUAAUUCUCAAUUUGUUGGUUGAAGUUUCAUCUAAUAAUGAAUCCGUAACCAACCCGCCAAUUCCUCCAGUUUGCAAUAAAAGUCGAUUUACGAUAUGCUGGAGAAGCAACCCGCCGUACAUCUUCAGAGAUAAAAACACGACCAAAGUCACUGGCAUCCUACCCGAGAUUUUACAAGACAUGUUGAAUCGAUGCAAGUGCCCAAACAACGAGCUGAUUUUUACUCAUCAAGUACAGAGCGAAAAAGGCUUGCAAAACUGUACAACGAUGGAUGAUGUGAGCUUUGUUAUGCCGUUUCGCCCGUACAGGGAAGGUGACACGCGAGAAAGAAGAUAUUUGACGUUCGUAGAAUCCCCCGGAAUUGUGCUGGUUGUGAAUCGAAAUGCACUUACAGACCAAGCAAAGUCAAAAGUUUUAAAGGAAGUUCUCCAAGUAUGGACUGUAGCUGUUUUGAUCAUCAUGCUAGCUGCCAUAUUUGGAAUUGUCGUCUGGUUUUUGGACAUGCGAAAGAACCCAGAGGAGUUCCCGAGGUCCGUCUAUCCUGGCCUAUUUGAUGGCCUGUGGUGGGCCUUCGUUACCCUGACAACUGUCGGCUAUGGCGACAAAGCACCAAAGUUCCUUUUGGCUAGAUUAUUCUCGGUUGUCUGGAUGUUUGUUGGCUUGGUGAUGGUAUCGCUCUUGACGGCUACCAUGACAACCGCUCUUACCUCUGGUAGGAUUGAGAACUACGAUAACAUUGUAGGAAAUACAAUCGGAGUACUUGAAGACAGCGCAGCAUCGCAAGAAGCUUUCAGAAAAGGGGCGAACCGCAAAAAGUACAGUGAUCUCGACUCGUUGUAUAAUGCUCUGGAAGGGAGUAAAGUGGAUGGAGUUAUGGUUGACACGUACAUGGCGAGCUACGCACAGUACCAUUUUAACAUGGCAGGACUAUUUAAGGCGAAUUCCUUUGGCUUCUUAUACAAGCACGGUGUGUUGGUUGGAGGAGAGCAGAUGUCUGGUUUGCUGCCCGAGUGCAUUGCUGGCCAGAUAGAUAGUAAACCGCGAUUUGCUGACGAUAUCAUCGAUAAGUACGUGAGAGGCAGCAAUCUGAUUACGGAGGAGGAAAGAAAAGGAAAAGAUUUUCAAACAGACUUCAACAUUUUUGAAAAGGACUCUGCUAUAUUCCAAGAUGGCCUUCGCAUUUUUGGCGCGACCUUAGCCUUUCUCGUCGUGCUGGCAAUCGUCUGGGAAAUCAUUUAUCGCAAGAGAAAAAGGAGAAGUAAAAAUCUUACGAAGUAUGAAGAUGGUGAACUUGCCAUGGCUUCACACAACAAACGCCUCAGCCCCGCAGAGAUCCAUGAAAUGAUGGCGAGACUUGAGGAUCUGGAGAAAAUUCUUGGAGAUCUUAGCGAGUUUCGUACCAUAUACCGCAGACUCAGAGGAGACAUAAUGGCUCAAAACGAACAUGAGGUCCAAGGGGCUCAAAGUGGACUAAAAAAUGGUGCCUUUGUAGCUUAGAAACAUAAAAGACCUAAAUACAUGAACCAAAUUAAAACACCAUCUAAGUUUA